CAGCGUAUUGCUUAAAAAAUGGGGUAGAUUUUGCAGAUUUCCUAGAGAGAGAAAGAUCGCUAUACAGAGAGAGAAAGAGACGUGUGUGACAGAGACAGACAGACAGGCAAUUACACAAUUCACAGAGUCUAUGUAUAUGUGUAUAUAUAAAAAAAAAAGCUAUAUUGCCCACAUAACCAGAGGUGGGUUCUUUUUUUUUUUUUUCACUCUAUUUCGGAGUAAUUCGGAGGUGGGUGUUUGAGAUUUUGUGUGUCAGAUUCCGAUCAGUUAUGGCCAGGAACGGCGUUUUUUCGCGGCGGAGGAGGUCGGAGAAGCUUGAUGGUGGGUUCGAUUUCUCGCCGUCUGAUUCUCACGAAGUGCAUGUCCUUGCCGUUGAUGAUAGUCUCGUUGAUCGAAAGGUCAUCGAACGCUUGCUCAAAAUCUCCUCUUGUAAAGUGACAGCAGUGGACAGUGGAAGAAGAGCUCUGCAAUUUUUGGGUCUAGAUGAGGAUAAGAGCUCUGUUGGUUUUGAUGGUCUGAAGGUGGAUAUGAUUAUCACUGAUUAUUGUAUGCCUGGAAUGACUGGCUACGAUUUGCUCAAAAAGAUCAAGGAAUCAUCUACUUUUAGAGAAAUACCAGUUGUGAUCAUGUCAUCUGAAAACGUUUUGGCAAGAAUCGACAGGUGUUUGGAGGAAGGAGCAGAGGAUUUUAUAGUAAAACCGGUAAAAUUAUCGGAUGUGAAACGUUUGAAAAACUACAUGUUUGGAGAUGAUCGGAUGCUGCAGAGGGAGGAUAGAGGGAUGAACAAGAGAAAGUCGCGGGAGUCGUCGGAUGUUUCGCAGUCUCCAUCACCACCGUCCAUCUCAUCAACACCGUCAUCGUGGCCAUCAUCGCCGUUGACGACGCAGGGCCCACAAUCGUUCUCUCUCUCAUCAUCAACACCAUCAUCGCCAUCACCACAAUCAUCAGUGCCUUCAUCGUCACCAUGUUCUCCCACACCACUGGAUUCUCCGACAAGGCGGCUUAAAAUGACCCACUGUGACUCAGAAUUAUGAUUUUCCUUGUUCCAACAUAUCUUCUUACUACAAUAGGCAAAAAGCCCAAGUACCCAAACGUUCUAUUUUUUGUUCUUGUCUUGUCUUUUUAUUUAUUUUUGUCUAUACACUUUUUUUUGCUGAUUUUAUAUGACAGGAAUUACAAUUUUAAUUCUGCCUAAA